AUGGUUUUGUAUGAGUCUUAUAUAGCCUUAAGUAAACACAUAAAAAAAGACGACGUUAAAAAUUUAAUGAAAAAUUUUCAUUUUAUAGUAAAUAAAUAUAAUGGCAAUAUAAUAAGUAUCAAUGAUUUAGGUUGGAGGAAAUUUGCCUUUUGCAUAAAAAAACCGAAUGUAGGUACAUUUCACUUUGGUAGAUUUUACUGUAUUACGUUUUAUUCAAAUAGCAAAAGUAUAAAAGAUUUGAAUGAAUUUUUUUAUAGUAAUACUUUUAUUUUAAGAUUUUUAAAUGUUAAAAUGAAAUAUCGAUCAAAUUUUUUGGUAGCACCUUUCUCAUACAUAAUAGAAUAG